CGGGAUUCCUAGAGCUGCCCUCCGUCCCUCGUGACCGCGCCGCCCCCCACCUCCACCGCCAAGCCUGCUCGCCAUGGCCCUCUUCGGGGCCCUUUUCCUAGCGCUGCUGGCAGGUGCCCACGCGGAGCUCCCGGGCUGCAAGAUCCGCGUCACUGCCAAGGCGUUGGAGCUGGUGAAGCAGGAAGGGCUGCGCUUUCUGGAGCAAGAGCUGGAGACUAUCACUAUCCCAGACCUACGGGGCAAAGAGGGCCACUUCUACUAUAAUAUCUCUGAUGUGAAGGUUACAAAGCUGCAGCUGACAACCUCAGAGCUCCACUUCCAGCCUGAGCAAGAGCUGAUGCUGCAAAUCUCCAAUGCCUCCUUGGGGCUGCGCUUCCGGAGACAACUUCUCUACUGGUUCUUAUAUGAUGGGGGCUACAUCAACGCUUCGGCCGAGGGUGUGUCCAUCCACACAGGUCUGCAGCUCUCCCAGGAUCCCACUGGCCGGAUGAAAGUAUCCAAUGUCUCCUGCCAGGCCUCUGUCUCCAGAAUGCACAUGGCCUUCGGGGGAACCUUCAAGAAGGUGUAUGACUUUCUCUCCACAUUCAUCACUUCUGGGAUGCGCUUCCUCCUCAACCAGCAGAUCUGCCCUGUGCUCUACCACUCAGGGAUGGUUCUGCUCAAUUCCCUCUUGGACACUGUGCCUGUGCGCAGUCCCGUGGAUGAGCUCGUUGGCAUUGACUACUCCCUCCUGAAGGAUCCUGUGGCUUCUGCCAGCAACCUAGACAUGGAAUUCCGGGGGGCAUUCUUCCCCCUGGCCGAGGGGAACUGGAGCCUCUUUAACCGGGCAGUGGAGCCCCAGCUGCAGGAGGAGGAGCGGAUGGUGUAUGUAGCCUUCUCUGAGUUCUUCUUCGACUCUGCCAUGGAGAGUUACUUCCAGGCGGGAGCCCUGCAGCUCACGCUGGUGGGGGACAAGGUGCCGCAUGAUCUGGACAUGCUGCUGAGGGCCACCUACUUUGGGAGUAUCAUCCUCCUGAGCCCAGCAGUGAUCGACUCCCCAUUAAAACUGGAGCUGCGGGCCAUGGCUCCUCCACGCUGCACCAUCAAGCCCUUGGGCACUACCAUCUCUGUCACUGCCAGCGUCACCAUUUCCUUGGUCCCACCGAACCUACCUGAGGUCCAUCUGUCCACCAUGAUCAUGGAAGCCCGUCUCAGCGCCAAGAUGGCACUUCGAGGCAAGGCGCUGCGCACGAGGUUGGACCUGCGCAGGUUCCAAAUCUACUCGAACCAGUCUGCGCUGGAGUCACUGGCACUCAUCCCACUCCAGACCCCUCUGAAGACGCUGUUACAGAUCGGGGUGAUGCCUAUGCUCAAUGAGCGGACCUGGCAUGGGGUGCAGAUCCCCCUACCUGAGGGAAUUGACUUCGUGCGGGAGGUGGUAACAAAUCACGCGGGCUUCCUCACCAUCGGGGCUGACCUCCACUUCGCCAAAGGGCUUCGAGAAGUGAUCGACAAGAACAGGCCUGCCAAUGCCAGGCCCCUGGAGCCCUCCAGUGCCCCUCUGCCUUCCACAGCAGCAGUCUAAGUCCUUAAUCCCCACCCUGGCAGCUGGCAUUUGGGCCUCCACCCCUGACCCCCAGCCUUUUCCUCCUCCACAGUCUGUAGUUCCCUCUAGCCUCAAGUGCCACAGAGAAUUUGGAGUUUGAAGCUGUACCCAAUUUAAUUCCAUAAUCAGUCAAUCCAUCAAUUUUAAUCCGUCCACCCCUCC